ACUUGAGUUUGAGCUUCUUCCCAUUUUUGUGAACGAUUUUGGUGUUUUUCAAAUUUUUUUGCUUCAUUAUCGUCAGUUUUCAUAGCAGCUUUUAAGAAGUACUGAGUAUUUCACUAUUUCUUGUAAAUCUCCUUCAGUGCAGUCAAUGGUAUGCGCUCUUUAGGAAGCCCGUAAUGUCAACCAGAAUCAUUAUCGGCUUUUAAUCAACGACUAUCGGAACACUAUCAGUUUGCACUUUGCAGACUGCAGUCACAACAGAUCUGGUUUGCUCGAUUUUUUCUCUUUCGGGAAAUACCGGAGAUUCGUUUCCAGCUCGAGACAUUUAUACAAACCAUGGCAUUUGCGGCGGGCGAACCGGAGCUAAGUGAAGGCUGCAUUCGGGCCAUUCUGAACGGUGUGGACAUUCAUGAACCUCGAGUGCAGCUACUGGAAGCCCGUAAUGUCAACCAGAAUCAUUAUCGGCUUUUAAUCAACGACUAUCGGAACACUUAUUCCUUCGUCAUGUUGGCCACCCAACUGAAUCACCUCGUGGACAACAACACCUUGACGCCAUAUUCUGUCAUCAUUAUGAAGAAAUACGUCGUGAAUAACCGGGAAAAUAAGAGUCUCAUUAUCCUGUUGGAAGUAAAAGUUGCCGUUCCAGGCGAUCAGAUUGGCCGAAAACUCGGCUCUCCUGUUUCCUUGGGGGACAAUGGGAUGCCAACUGGAGCAGCCAGGGCAAAUCCUAACGCUCAUGCAGGCAAUCCAGCCGUUGCGCCGGCUGCAUUACGUCCGCCUGUUCCACAACAGGGGCUCCCGAAUCCAGCUACUUUCAGCAGCUCUUCAUUCCAGAGCCCUUCAAAACAGCCUGCUCCGUUUCCAGGCGGACCAGCUGCGAAACGUCCAAAUCUGGGCUCACCAUCCAAGGGGAAUAACAGUUCUGGUGCGGGAAACGUCCCAGUGUCGGCAGCGUAUAAUUCCGGCGGAUCCUUCCAAGCACAGCAACCGACAAUGCCACCAUUGGGAUCCGCAUCGCUCCCGCAAAACGAUACCCAGAAUAUCCACCCGAUUUCGGCACUGAACCCUUACAACAGCGCUUGGGCUAUUAGAGCUAAAGUGAUGAGUAAAGAUUCCAUUCGGUUUUGGAACAAGCCCAAUUCUCAGGGUAAAGUGUUCAGUGUUCUGGUGACCGACGGGGAAAGCGAAAUAAAAAUAUCUGGAUUCAAUAACGAAGUCGAUCGGUUUUACGACGUGUUUGAAGUGGGCAAGACUUAUUAUAUCAAAAAUGGAUUGGUUAAAAACGCCGAUCCGAAAUACAGCCGUGGCCGGAUGUAUGACAUCAAUCUUGAGCCGGAAAGUAUUGUUGAAGAGUGUUCGGAAGAUGCGGGACUCGUUAAAAUUCGCUACAACUUUGUUCCCUUUUAUUCUUUGCUAACACUCAGCAAAGAUGCGAACAUCGAUGUUAUUGGAGUUUGUUCAUCGGCUGGAGAACUCUUUCAAGGAAAAAAUCGCCAAAGUGGGCGAGAUUUUACGAAGCGAGAUUUGGAUAUCAUAGAUGACACCAGUACUUGCGUGCGUGUCACGUUGUGGGGGCCUCAGGCGGAAAAGUACGAGAAGAACGUGGUGCUAAAUAAGGUGGUGGCCAUACACGGCUGCCGGUUAGCGGAACUGAACGGUACUCGUAGCUUGUCUACCUCGUUCGACGCAAUAGUGGAAGUGGAUCCCGACAUUCCGGAAGGUCACAAACUGCGUGGGUGGUACGAUAGCGGUGGCUGCAAUGUCGCUACGCAGGCACUCAUGGGCACAGGAAUGUCCGGGAAUUUCGGAUCAGGAUCAACCCCUUUUAAGUGCUUCUGGCAGAUAGAAGCCGAAGGGUUGGGUAACGGGGAUAAAGCGGAUUUUUUCAUGAUACGUGCUGUUAUUAUGAAGGCCUUUGCACGUGAUAACACCUUGUACCGAGCCUGUGUCAACAGCGGCUGCAGUAAGAAGGUUACGGACCAGGGUAACGGGACAUUCCGCUGCGAAAAGUGCAACACCGAAAACGACAGUUUUGUCUGGCGGUUGAUGUUAACAUAUGUUGGCACUUUUCAGGUUCAAGUGGCAGAUUGCACUGGUAGUGCCUAUGCUACGGUAUUUCAAGAGAAUGCCGAAAAAGUUCUGCAGCAGGACGCUCAAUCACUCGGCGAAAUGAAAACCCAGGACGCCACGGUGUUUGAAAAGGCCAUUAAUAACUGCCAGUUCCAAGCAUUCAUGUUCAAGAUGAAGGUGAAAACAGAAAGCUACAACGACGAAUGGCGACGAAAGUACACCGUUAUCACGGCUGAGCCACUGAAUUUCGCAGCCGAAACAAAACGGCUACAGGAAACGCUGGUCCAAAUGGGAAUUGCGUGAACUGUGAUUGAUCUUCUCAUCGGAUUAUUUUCUUUCGUGCAGUAUACCGUGAGCGGUUUCAAUAAUACAGCAAAUAACAGUUGGUUGUCCCAUGUCAUAUUUUGACUUUUUAAUACUCUAUCGUAUUUUGUUUAUUAUCAUCAGUGUGAUCUUCCAGCAAGCGCAGAUCGGCAAAUGUACACGUCUUUCCUCGUUUUUGAAUGUCCAGGUUUAAUAUACAUAAUCUGUUUUUUCGUACUAUUUAUCUUCGUACUAUUGUUGUACUAUUUCUGUCAGUCCUUGUGUAGAAGAGAGUUAUAUCAAGCGGUUCGGAAUAUGCCGACCG